AUAUGGGCUUAGCAAGCAAGCAUGAAGCAUAAAUUCUGGAACGUUGCAGAAACUGUGACGCAGAAAAAGAACUAGGGUUUCUCUAUUGUUGCAAUCGGACCUUCUCCCUCAGAAAUUGACUAUGAUUUACGACGUUAACUCUCCUCUUUUCCGAUCCUUCCUCAGCCAAAAGGGAGGCUCCUCCGAUAAGAGGAAAACGGAGGAGCAGAAGCCAAAAGAGCAGAGACCCAAAGCCAGUGAGAACAAACCUGUUAUGACAGAAUGAUAACAACUUGGCUGCAUUCGGUUGUAGAAUGAAAUAGAUUGGUGCUAU